AUGCCGCCCAAACAUGUCGCCAUCGUAACAUGCAGCACCCGCAUUCCCCGCCUCAAUCCCACGAUAACGAAAUACGUCUAUGACGUCCUCGCAUCGGAUCCAACAAUCCCAACCCGUAAAUCGACCUCGCCAUCCAACCCCGAACCCCCAUUCGAUACCGAUACCGACCCCCGGCAUAUCACUCUGACCAUCCUCGACCUAGCCGCGCAGUCUCUCCCGCUUUACGACGAAUCCGUGAUCCCUGCUAGUCUCCCGCCCACAGACCCCACGCCACACUACUCCAAAGAACACACGCGCAUCUGGUCACAGGUCGUCCGCCAAUACGAUGCCUUUAUCUUUGUGACACCGCAAUAUAACUGGAGUAUCCCGGCUAGUUUGAAAAAUGCGCUCGAUUACCUGUUCCACGAGUGGAAGGGUAAGCCGGCAGGGAUUGUUACGUACGGGUCGCGUGGUGGAGGGAAGGCGGCGGAUCACUUGCGGGGCGUGUUGAAUGGCUUGAGGAUGCGGGUCGUUGGGACUUCGGUCCCCUUGUCGGUCAAAUUUACGGGGUUGCCUGUUGGGGUUUUAUCGGAGGUCGAAGAGAGUGUUGAAAUUGAUGGACGCGAUUUGGAGGGUUGGAAGGAAGCGGGUGUGGAAGGGAUGAUGAGGAAUUUGGGAAUGGAAUUGGUUUGUGAGUUGGAUAAGAAUUGA